GAAUUGGCUGAUAUGUUUCGAUAUACUAAAGCUAUUGUUUGUGGUGUGCCUGCAUCUCUGCCAGAAGCAGCUCUAAGGCUCGAGGCUGAUGCUCCAAUAGUUGAUCUGGAGUUAGCAAGGAAGCAGCAUAGAGAAUACAUUGAUGUCCUGGAAAAGGAGAUGGGACUCGAGAUAAUACACAUAAAAGAAAACGAAGAUUUCCCUGAUUGUGUUUUUGUUGAAGAUCCACUAGUUGUCUGUGGAGAUACAGCACUAAUUACUAUACCAGGGCAUGCUUCCAGAAGGGGAGAAACUAUACCUUUAAAGGAGACAGUUCUCUCACUGGGUCUUAAAGUAGUAGAGAUGAAACCCCCUGGACUAAUGGAUGGCGGUGACGUCCUUUUCACUGGCAGGGAGUUCUUUAUUGGACUUUCAUCAAGAACAAAUGAGGAAGGAAUAGAGCAGUUAAGACAGUGUUUUUCUGACUAUCCUGUUACUCCAAUUCCAGUUAGUGGCUCAUUGCAUCUCAAGUCAUUUUGUUCAAUGGCUAGUCCUGAUGUAAUUGCCAUCGGGACCUCAGAGCCAGCUCAAAAGUCACGUUCAAUCAUAACAAAAGAAGGAAAGUUCCCGUACGAGUUUAUCAGCCUCCCAAGCAAUCCAGAAGCUAACUGCGUGUUUGCUAAUAAUGUAUUGAUUCAUGGACUCGGAAAGGAAAGAAGCGAAUUUGAUCGUUUGUCAUGCAAGAAGGUUCCACUCCCUCUACCUGAGCUAAACAAAGUUGAUGGCUGCUUCACGUGUUGCUCUGUUCUCAUUCCUUAAAUUCUGUGAUUUGUUACGUUUCCUUUCUAAAUAAUAAUAAUUUUUCACUUGUGAUUCAUCAUUUAAACUGUAAA